AUGCUUCAUCAAGCAGCUCCUCCCAAGCCUCCAAAGGGCAAGCUGAUAUUCGCCCCUGGCCAUCCUGUUUCGGACGCUUCCCACGGGCUCCAACGCGACCAGCCGCCCCGUGCCGCUCAAUUCAGCCACUCCAAGCUCCGCCGUUCGGACCUUUCGCCAGACCCAUUCGUCCAAUUCCACUCCUGGUUCAGCGACCCCUUGCUACAGGCCGCGGUGCCCGAAACCGUGAAUCUAUCCACAGCCUCGUUGCCGAACGGCCGUGUGUCCAGCCGCAUCGUUUACCUGAAGGAGCUCGAUGCGCGCGGCUUCGUCAUAUAUUCGAAUUUCGGCACGUCCCGCAAGUCCAGGGACAUCGCCACGAACAAGAACGCAAGUCUGUGCUUCUGGUGGAAGCCCGUGGAGAGGCAGGUGAGGGUCGAGGGCGUGGUGGAGAGGGUAAGUGCUGAGGAGAGUCAGCUAUAUUUUGAUACGAGGGCUAGGGGUUCGAGGAUUGGGGCGUGGGCUAGCCAGCAGACAAGCGUCUUGGAGCCUCGAUCAUCAACAACAGCAACGACACAGCAGAAAGCAGACGGUGACCCUAAAGCCGCAGCCGAAGCCGGACAGGAGGUGGCUGAGGACGAGGACGAGGACGACGGCCGAGCUGCCCUCGAAGCACGGGUCAGGGAAGUCGAGGCCCGGUUCGAAGGCCAGGAACACAUCCCUGUCCCCCCGUUCUGGGGUGGGCUGAGGAUCAUUCCAGAGACGAUCGAGUUCUGGCAAGGGCGGGAAAGUAGACUCCACGACCGUUUCUUGUAUACACGCAUAGGAGGGGAUCUUGGACAAGGUGGCGAGGCGAAAUGGAAGAUCGAGAGAUUGAGCCCGUGA